CUACACGAAUCACGUAUUUCAGGUUGGACAUAGAUUUCUAUCACGACAUUUUAAGUUGCUUAUAUAGACCAUUGAAUUUUUUUGGGAAACAGUCAGGUACUUUUAGGUAAAAGGUGGUAAAAGAUAUGUCGGCCUUUACUAUUAGUUCCUCUGUUCUUUUCCUAACGACUUUCACAUUCGUUCAAAUUGAUUCAGGACAAUUUCCAGGAUAUUUCUACCCUGAGUCUCCCAAUCCCCCAUUUCAUUUUGACGAGCCAAGUACUUCACCUCCUAUUUACGUUCCUCCAGUAUUUUCCGAUGAACCACCUCAAGUAAUAACUUCCGAUCCCCCUUCACAAGAUUAUCUACCUCCUAAACCUACAACAAGCUACCUUCCACCUCCUAGUAAUGAAAUAUUUCCACCUUUAUUACCACCCACACUUCAUGACGAUGAUUCAGUGGUAAUUCCAGCCUUUCCAUCCCCAAGCAAUUCUCCAAAACCUGAUUACGGCCAACCUGCUUUUCAAAUUCAGAGCAUGUCCUGUAUACAAGGGUCUAGUUUUCGUGUGGAUUUUAAAACGGAUGGACUUAUUCCAUGGUAUCCUGUUAUAGAAGAAUCGAAUGAAGAGUGCGUAGAAACCAGAAGAAAAAACGUGUUUAGAAUAAAUCUGAACAAUUUCGAAGCGAUGCUUCGAUGUGGUGUAAAACGAUGUUCGAAAGAUAAUUUAAACGAUGGAGGAAGAGAUGAUGGAAUUAAUUUUAACAUGUGUGCAACUAUAAGGGUACCUACUGUGAGAGGAGUGAGAUUACCGGAAGAUAAAAUUAUUACUUUGAUGUGUACACCUCAGGAUCGAGUGGUUAGCAAAACUAGGCAUAUAAAGUUAGGAACUAAUAAAAUACUUUCAAAUAUUCACGGCCGAUCCAAUCAGAAUAUCAUAGCAUCUGGAGGUUCUCAGAAUGAUUUAAAAACUCUCAUAUCCAUAUUUAAAAGACCACCAGGAAGCAACACUUUUGACCAAACCGUUCAACCGAACAGCGUGAUAGAUCUUGGAGAGGAACUAUUGUUAAGAGCUGUGGUAAACGAUGAAGAUGGGUGGAAAAGCAGUCAAUUAGGCUCUUUAGUAGCAACCGGACUUCAAUCCAAGAAAUCCGUCAUUCUUUUAGACGAAAAUGGAUGUGUCAAUUCAAUGAUGAGAAGUAUAUGUCCUAAGAAACCCCAGAAAGUAUCCCCUUUGACUACUGAGUUAUAUUUCAGAGCUUUUUUGUUUCAAGAGUCCCCACAAGGAGACGAAAUUGUAUUAUCUUUGAAAAUGCAUGGUUGUCUUAACCCACGAGAUUGUUCUAAGUCCGAUAUUUGCCAAGAAAAAACAUCUGGAAGAACAAAAACUAAAAGAGCCACCGUUAAAUUGUACGAGCAAAUUCAUGAAAACUUGCAAAAAAAUGCCUCCAAUGAAAUUGAAGACUGGGAAUCUGAACUAGUAUUUCGAGUUCAACCACCAAUUGUAAAUAGAAAAACUAUACAAACGUCAAAAUCAUCGAUAUUGUAUGACUUUGGCACCAACAUCAUUUUAGUCGGAGUUUGUUUAUGUACUUUAUUAUUUGUUUUAUUAACAUGUUGUUUAUGUUAUAAAAAGAAAUACGCUUAA